GCGCGGGGCCGCGGUUUAAAGGGGCCGCGGCGCAGGGGAGCCCGGAACCCCCCGGAACCCCCGGGACCCCCGAGCCCUCCGAGCCCCCCGGCACCUCCCGGCACCCCCGGGACUCCCGGGAACCCCAGAGCCCGCCAUGGUCUGCGGAGGCUUCGCCUGUUCGCGCAACGCGCUCUGCGCCCUCAACGUGGUUUAUGUGCUGGUGGGGGUGCUGCUGGUGGCCGUGGCGGGCUGGGCGCGGGGCCUGGCCGGGGGCUCCAGCCCCCCCCUGCUCGGAGGAGCUUUCGCCGUCGGAGUCUUCCUCCUGCUGAUCGCGGCGCUGGGGCUGCUCGGGGCCCUGCGGCACCACCAGGUCCUGCUCUUCUUCUACGUGCUGAUCCUGGGCCUGGUGUUCCUGUGCCAGCUGGGCGUGUCCUGCGCCUGCCUCGCCCUGGGCCGCGACGCUCAGAGGUGCCGGUUCCCGCCGGGGGGGGCGCCCCCGUGCCCGCCCUGCGCCCCCCAGCUGCUGCAGCACUCGGAGCAGGCGCUGCGGAUCCUGGGGGGGGUCGGGCUGUUCUUCAGCUUCACCGAGGUUUUGGGGGUCUGGCUCGCCCUGCGCUUCCGGAACCAGCGCGACCCCCGCGCCAACCCCGGAGCCUUCCUAUAGCGGGGGGCCGGGGGGCACAGCUCCUCUGGGGAGGGGUCCCGGCCCUGACGGGGGGGUUCAGAGCCCCCCAGUGCUGACCAGCUGCCCCCCCGCAGCCGCAUGAAGCACUGGGGACAAGGACACCCC